GGCGGAACCCGACGCUGCGGCCCCGUGCGCAGGCCGAGAGGCUGGUCCCGGACAAUGCAGGCGGGGCUGGGUUUCCGGGGGCGCAGGUGACAGCGGCGGCCCAGGGAGGAGACGCUGGAGCGCGGGUUGGAGCCCGCGGGGCGUCUGAGUCUCGGGGCUGUUGUAGUGGCCGUGGGGGGUCGCGGCACCCGCUUCUCAGGAUUCCAGCUGGAGGAUUUUACUGACCUUGGAUCUAAUUAAUUCCUGAGGAUGGCAAGUAAAGGGCCCACGGCAUCUACAUCCACUGAAAACUCCAGUACCGGAGGGACCAGUGGCAGCAGCAGUAGUAAUGGUGCUGGGGACAAUACUAAUCAGGACAGCACUUUUGAAUGCAACAUCUGUUUAGACACUGCCAAGGAUGCGGUUAUCAGCUUGUGUGGACACCUCUUCUGUUGGCCUUGUUUACACCAGUGGUUAGAGACCAGGCCAAACAGGCAGGUGUGUCCAGUAUGUAAAGCAGGAAUCAGUCGAGAUAAAGUUAUUCCUCUGUAUGGAAGGGGUAGUACUGGGCAGCAGGACCCCAGAGAAAAAACUCCACCACGACCACAGGGACAGAGACCUGAACCAGAGAACAGAGGGGGAUUCCAGGGCUUUGGGUUUGGAGAUGGUGGCUUCCAAAUGUCAUUUGGAAUUGGGGCAUUUCCCUUUGGUAUAUUUGCCACAGCAUUCAACAUAAAUGAUGGGCGGCCUCCACCAGCUGUUCCAGGGACUCCCCAGUAUGUGGAUGAGCAGUUCCUAUCCCGCCUCUUCCUAUUUGUGGCUCUGGUGAUCAUGUUCUGGCUGUUGAUUGCAUAACUGCUCUAUACCCUGUAUAUUCCUGGUCAUCAGGGUCUCUGACCUAGUUAAAAACUGCUCCCCCAUCCCACUUUAAACCUUUUGGUGUCUGAUUCCAUAGCUAAUCACAAGUUCCAGGUGCCACAACACAUUGAGGAAUCUCGCAUGUUGCACCAGAACCUUGGAAUUAAAUAACAGUUAAAAAGCAUGUCUUACCUCGGCCAUGUGUCAUACCACUGGUAUCCAGAUACAACCAUGGACCUAGCUUUGAGCUUCACUCUCAAAGGGAGCGUUGCUUUGAAAUCCUGUGCCAAUUAGCUAGGCCAGGUUUAUGUGGAAGGCACUGGUACUGAAGGAGUGUGGGCUGGUGAGGAAAGGAACCUACUGCAUUGUUCAUCAGUAUCACGUGUGUAACAUCCAUGAUUGGAAAGAAAUGCAUCAAUUGAAGUUCCAGAACAUUCUUUCAUCUUUUUAUAUCAAAGUCCAGUUCUUGCCAGGAAAUAUCUUGCAGCACCAGUAAGACUUCUUUGGGAGGGCAUCUGCCUGAAAAUGGAAUCAGCUUUGGAGACCAGUGUUCUAUACUUGCUGUUACUCACCAGAGUUGUGAAAAGUCCAUGGCACUUGAAUGGCUGUAACAGGAGGGGUUAAGAAACUUCAGCCUAAAAUUGUAAAAUAAUCUGAAUUUUCUAGAGCUAGACACUUGAAAAUUCUCUCAUCAUGGGGUUGGGUAGGGUUGUUGGACAGUAGAGUACCUCUCUGGUCACAUGCAGUGCUGUUCCUCAGUGACAAAGCAGUGUUUGUUUUUUCUUGGGUUUGUGCAGCGGUCUCUACUCAUGGAUAGUACCUUCAUAACUCUAUUACUGUAGCUGCACUCACUCUUUCUUCCAAAGUUGAGACUUCCAGGACUAUUGUGUACUCUGAAUAAAAUCAUUUUACAGAUCUGAGAUCAUCUUGUUUUGGGGAGGCCACAAUGGGGAUUUAUUAAGUGAGUUGUGAGGUUAACUUUUCAAACAUAUUUAUUUUGGCAAAAAAUUAAAUCUAAACUUGCCUAGCAGGUGCCACUGUAGGGAAUAGUAUAAAACCAUUUUCUUGAUGGUAGUGCACAGCUGCUUCCAGCCUAUAAGGAAUGGCUGUAGUGCACGAGCUGCUGCAGAUUUACCAAAGAUGAUCAUUUGAAGGAGAGCAGAUUACCAAUAUUUUUGUGCCUAGAGGAGGAUGUUGCAGAAGGUGUACCCACAACUCUGAAAGCUUUUAUGGAAUUCUGUUAAGUAUAAAGCUUUAAAAAGUGUUUCUGAUUGAUUCUCUGGAUCCACAGUACCUGAAAUAUGAGGGAUUUUUUUUACCUCUGUUUGAUUUUCUCCUAAUUCUAACUGGACACUUUCAAAAGGAUUCUCUUCUGUUUUUAUUUUGAGAUGCUGUUUCUUUGACUCAGAUCACUAAUAGUCAGAGAUUAACCUUCUGUAGAGAGGAAUUUUGUGACUUCCUGGGCAAUAAAUCAUGAUAUUUGACAAAACAAAUCAAUAUAUAGAAUCUCACUCACUUGCUUCAGGAGCUAGGCUUUUUUGCAUGUACAAGGAUGAAGCGCCUGGGCAGGACAACCAUGAGCAGUAGCAAUGAAACUUACUUGCCUAAACACAAACUGUUCAUCCAUCUGUAGCAUGAUGAUGUGGGAGGAGCAGUUAGUUUUGUUUGCCUGCCCCAAAAGUCUCCUCAGCAAGCAGGAUUUUGGAAAGCUGGCUUCUUCAAUAGUUUACCUCAUCCAUCGGAUACCAAGAUGCAAGAUCUGGUUGAGAAAAGGUAAUUCAAGUGCUUCUUGAACAGUGCAGGCACUUUAGGAGCUUCAUCCCUUCUAAUUGGCUUCUAUAGUGCAUAUUUUGGAAAUUAAGUGCAUUUUUAUCAUCAACUGAAGCUUCAUUAUGAAGCUUUUUCACUGCCUUGAUGUUUUAUUGAGAGGCAGCUCCACCUACUGGUGAAAAGGGAAUGUUCAUUUGCUAAUGUAAAAGGGAUUUUAUUUCCUUCCCUUCCCUUCUCCCAUUAUUCUGAGAAACUGCUAUGCUAGGAAAGAGUGUUUUUCUGGAAGUAAUUUGCUAUGAAGUUUAUUUCUUCAAAGCUUUUAUCCUUUGAAGAUGACAGUGAGAAAUUCAGCUGUAACAUGAACAAAAGAGGUAUUAAACCAGACUUAACAUUUUUUUUAUUUUAAAAUAUAAACUUUUUAGCUUAUUUUGCCAGUUGCUCUUGAGAAGCUGAAGGGGCGAAGACUGAAGUGGCUGCAAUGAUAGAAUUUAGAGUCAUUAGUUUCCUGGCAAUCCAAGAAUGAGAUAGCUUAAGUGUUAAUGCUUCUGAUUUUCUUAGUGUGCAUUUUGUAUUGUAUCAUUUUUUCCCUUCCUUGUAUUCAGACUGCACAUGGCCUGCAGUUAGAAAAAGAUGGCACAUACAGUGCAACCCUUUACUGUUCACUAAUUUUCACUGUUGUGAAAGUAAUUUAGAAUAAAAAAUGGUUUUACAUUGA